ACUGGAGAUGAUCUCGGGAGCGGGAGGAGCUAUAGAGCAUCGCCGGCUUGCGAGGAGCGGCAUUCCACAGCAGGAGCGCAAACGGGGAGAGCAGGAGGAGGAGUGUCCGCAUAGCGAGUGUGAAAUUGAUCAUUCAGCGCGCUGGUCCGCUCGCAGCCUCUGCGGAUUACCGGAUCCGGCUAUUUGGCGUGUAUCUGUACCGAUCCUGAGCACAUUAACGGAGCCGACCUACGAAGAGCCGAACACCUUCCCGGGGGCUCCUGGAAGCGCAGCGACUGAACGGCACCUAAAACUUCGCAUUUUCUUUAGCAGCCGCUUAGUGGAAAAACUGCCAACGCCAUGCCUAAGCAGGUGGAGGUGAGGAUGCACGAGAGCCAACUGGAGCCCAUCGAUGCACCCCCAGCCCCCAUAUGUGGGGGACUCUGCCAGAAGCUAUGCAAGAACCUGCUGCUGACGUUGACCAUUUUGGGUGUGAUCCUGGGCUCGGUGGUGGGGAUGCUCCUACGCUAUGCCUCUCCCAUCCAUCCCGAUGUCAUCAUGGUCAUCGCCUUCCCCGGGGACAUCUUGAUGAGGAUGUUGAAGAUGCUCAUCCUGCCUCUCAUUAUCUCCAGUUUAAUAACGGGGUUGGCAGGUUUGGACGCCAAGUCCAGCGGACGCCUGGGCACCAGAGCCAUGGUAUAUUAUAUGUCCACCACCAUCAUUGCUGCUGUGCUGGGCGUGAUCCUGGUGUUGAUCAUCCACCCUGGCAACCCGAAGCUGAGGGCCCGUCUGGGUGAGGGAGAUAAGAACGAUGAGGUCUCCAGCCUGGAUGCCUUCUUUGACCUCAUCAGGAACCUCUUCCCGGAGAAUCUGGUUCAAGCUUGUUUCCAGCAGAUCCAAACUGUCACCAGGAAGGUGGAGCAGGUUCCUGAGUACACAGAGGAAGUGAACUCCACCUUGGAUGAGUUUCUGCUUAAUGCCACCAGGCCACCACCGGAGCCUGUCUUUGUCACCAAAAAGUCCCUCCAGUUCAAGAGUGGAAUGAAUGUAUUAGGGCUCAUCGGCUUCUUCAUCGCCUUCGGCAUCUGCAUGGGGAAGAUGGGGGAGAAGGCCAAGCUCAUGCUGGACUUCUUCAACAUCCUCAACGAGAUCGUCAUGCGGCUGGUCAUAAUGAUCAUGUGGUAUUCUCCUCUGGGUAUCGCCUGUCUGAUCUGUGGGAAGAUCAUCUCCAUCAAGGACCUGGAGGUGGUGGCCCAGCAGCUGGGGAUGUACAUGGUGACAGUGGUGGUGGGCCUCAUUAUCCACGGUGCAAUCUUCCUGCCGCUCAUCUACUUCGCUAUCGUCAGGAAAAACCCCUACUCUUUCUUCAUGGGCAUUUUCCAGGCGUGGAUUACAGCUCUGGGGACAGCCUCCAGCGCUGGCACGCUGCCUGUCACAUUCCGCUGCCUGGAGGAGAACCUAGGGAUCGACAAGCGCGUUACUCGAUUCGUGCUCCCCGUCGGCGCCACAAUCAACAUGGACGGAACGGCGCUCUACGAGGCCGUGGCGGCCAUCUUCAUCGCGCAGAUGAACGGGAUUAACCUUGACGCGGGACAGAUUGUCACCGUGAGUCUAACAGCUACUUUGGCCAGUGUGGGGGCAGCCAGUAUUCCCAGUGCCGGCCUAGUGACCAUGCUGCUUAUCCUUACCGCGGUGGGACUGCCCACUCAGGACAUCAGCCUGCUGGUGGCUGUGGACUGGCUAUUGGACCGCUUCCGGACCUCGGUCAACGUGGUGGGCGAUUCCUUCGGCGCCGGCAUCGUUUACCACCUAUCUAAGCAGGAGCUGGACAGCCUGGAUGCCCUGCAGGGCAAGUCGGAGGACAUGGAGGUGACCAAGACACAGUCCUGCUAUGAAGACCUGAAGAACCACCAGGAGAACAACGCCUACCAGUGUGUGUACGUGGCUGACGUCUCCGCCCCGGAGGACGAGUGCAAGGUGACUCUGGCUACUAACGGCUCCACGACAGAGUACACGCUUGUCGAGGAGGAGCCAUGGAAACUCGGACACGAAUGAACACACAUCCCUGGCUCUGCCUUACACCGAGUUCCACAAGCUUUCCUGUUGACAAAAAAAAAAGUAAUACUCAUGCAAACGGAACCAUCUUUGUUCAAAUACUUUAAAACCUCUUUUCGACCAACCAGUUCUGAUGGACAGAAGCGACAAAACACUCAGAUGAGAAACAAGCGAGCUAUCCUUCCACCUUCACGAGCCCCACAUCCCCAGGGAUCAGCUGCACAAGGCACACCCCCAGGGGGUGGGAAGGGACAACUGAAUUUUACCACAGAGCAUGCAGGCUCACACCUUGGGGGAGAGAUCCAUGUGAUGAAAGGGGGGGGUGGGUUGAUGUAACUGCACAGUAGUCACGACACAAGUGUUUGUGGCAUUAUUUCUGUCUUUAGCUAAGCAGUCGUGGGGGCGGGGACACUCUAAGGCAGAGACUCGGAAGCAGCCUGUUGUAGCAUCUGUCUUUUCACCGUGAACCACGAAACCUCGGAAUUCUUGGAAGGAGUCAAUAUAUUACCUCUCCCUGUUGGCUAAUACUACAAACGCACAGUCUGCUGCUGGGGGGGUGGGGAAAACACAGGGGAGGGCUGGUGUAAAUUAAAGCAUGAACCUUGUAGCUUUGUUUGCCCUUAGGGUUGGGGGGAGGGGCACUGGUGUUCUGUGCAUGUCUGUGUGUAUGUGUUUGUGGGGGGGGGGGGGGGGCUUUGUCUCCCCCGACCCGACACUGGGACCAAAACAAUCAUGUCAAAUCACAAAAUGAGAGCCAUCGGAAAAACACUUCUUAGCUUUUAUAGGCCACGUGAAGCAAUCCAAAGCGACUCUCGCCAUCAUUUCUGUGCGAUCUGAGGAUCGUUUCCUUCAUUAGCCACCAGGGGAAACUGCGUGAAUAGAUGUCAAGUCGAACCAGAGGAAUCGCCCAUGCCAGAGAUAAAGACCCUUGGCAGGAGCAGAGCGAGGUGGGGGGAGCAGUCGUGAAGUAAUGUUUAUCCUUGGAUCUGUCUGAUGAGGAAACUGGGCCGGCACCCAAACGUCAAGGCGUGCGUUAUGUCUCUGCGUUAUAUGGAUAAAAGUCUGUUAAGAUUACCGCGGCCAUUGUCAUGGAAGGAGCAUCUCUGCCGAGGUGUUUCCACACAGGUCCACUCACUCCGUCACACUAACCACAACAUAACUGUUUAUGAGACAUUAAGAACAGUGUCCCACCAGCCUACGACUCAUCUGCAUAAAAUUCCUAACAAAGCUAAGAACGUUUUUUUCCUUUGAUUGUCUCUGAAACAUACUGCCUUUUAUAAUGAAACUUGAACAAAGUUUUCCAAUUUUAUGUUUUCUAUCUGCACAAAAAAGGAGUCUUAUAAUUAAGCACAACAUUUAUAAAGAGAAAUAUACAUGAAAGUGCUCUGGUAGAUAAGCACACCACAAACAGGUUGCUAGUAACAGCACACAGCUGAGGACAUGAGGAUGAAUACAAAACAGAAGGCAAAUGGCACAACAGUCAGCAAAAAAAAAAACAAUAACAAGAAAGAAGCACAAUAUAGCUCUCUAGCACCCCAGGUGGCAGCAAGCAGAAAGUGUGCAUCGGAUGCUGGAUUUGCACACUGCACUGUUCAUAAUAAAGGAUUUGACUUGGGGACCAGUUCACACAGCUGGCCUCUUUCUACAAGAGCUUACGACUGUUUGUAUGAAGCCCCCAGAUGCUGCAGCGUAUUUUUAAACAUCGGUCAGACACGAUUAUCAGGAAGACCGAGGCCGGAGUGCUGACCAGAGCCCCUGAAAGUGACACAGGACAGAGGCAUGCAGUGUAAUUAUCUUCCUCUCUCAGAAUGAAACAGCUAAACGCCCCAGUGGGACCACCUGUUUGUUUCUGUAUCUGUGAACGUGUGUAUUUGUGUGUGUGCGUUUACAUGUUUCUGUUUGCUGGUGGAGCUGGCCGUCUGAAUGUUUUCUAAAUGUUUUUUUUUUAAUUAAUUAUACCUUGCCUUGAAGAUCUUAACUGUUAUCUGUGCUGCAGUUGAUGACACUUAUGAGAGUGCUGCUUACAGUUGUGCUGUUCCUGUCACAGUCACCCCUGAAGUUACGAAAGAGCAUGAGUUUACGGCAACCUGGUGUCCUGCAGUGUCCUGCUAAGGAAGGCAGAUGCACUCUUUUGUGUUUCGCAGGACAGUGCUCCCAUAUCUCACAUACAUUUUAGAUCAGGGCUCUCCAGCUCCGGUCCAGAAGGACUACUGUCCAGUAGGUUUUCUAUCCUACCUGGCAUCUGAUGAGCCACAGCUGUUCUCAGCUAAAUAUCAGGAACAAGUGUGGCUCAUUAGAAGCCAGGUAGGAUGGAAAACCGACUGGACAGUAGCUCUCCAGGACCAGAGUUGGAGACUCUUGUUUUAGAUGUUUCUCACAACACGGUCCAGGAACAUUGUGCAGGACAUACUUCCGUAGCUGCGGUAAUGAAGGGAAGUCUGUUCCCAUCUUCAGGUAGAUCUAAGCUGCUGAGGACAUGCAGCAUGCUCACUGGUGGGGCGGGGGUGUCCACUGGGCAGCAUUCCACAUUACUGACUGCAGGAGGCACGUGACAUUGUCAGUGUCUAUACUUCCUUUGAACCAAUAUUUCAAAGUAUGGUAAAGUGCCUCAUUGCACUUUGUGUACAUACAGUAGUUAGGCGUCUUUUUUUGGUAUAAUGGAUAGUGUUUACUUGCUGUGAUGGUUUUGUAACCUUCUAGAGAACUAUUGGCCCUAUUCUUCCUAAAAGAUAGAUAAAAAAAUAAUUUAGAUAUAUAUAAAGACCAUUCAGUGUUGCUUGUCUAUUGUGUUAAUAUAGUUACUUACUUGUCUUACAUAGCUGUUAAACACCCAGGGUAUAAUUUAGUAUUUAACGCAAGUAUUUCAGUUGUUCAAUGAAGGUAUUUCAUCUGCAUUCAUUCACGGUCGUUAUAAUAAUAUAUGAGUAAGUGCUUUUGAAUGAAUGCAAUGCACAGUGUUCCACGGAUAAUGCAGACUCAUCUCUCAUGUGGACAGCAUAAUCAAAGUCGAAAGGAAUGGGGGGAAAUGGUCAGACUUUGGUUUAAACUUGCUAUAAAGAUGUAUGUAAAGGUGGUGAUUUGGUUUGUGGUUAAUGUUGUAAAAGUAUCUAGAUUUACCAUCAAUUAUAUGUGUUAAAAAUGAAUAUUUAUGUUAGUUGUGGCAUGCCUAAACCCAGUGGAAGUAAAUAUAUUUUAAAGAGCAAACUGGAAAACUAAUCAGAAGUUGUCUUAAAAUAACUAUGUCAAACUGGCAUCCUAUUGACCAGAACUCUGUAUCUCUGUAGUUAAUUUUGUUCUCUGAGACGUUCAGAGCCCCAUUGCAUGGGAACAGAGUGAUCAGUCUGUGAUAGAAAGUUAUACUCAGCAAUAACAAGAACAGCUGUUGCUUCAGUAUUCCCCAUAAUCAUAGAAACAUGCCAACAUUAAACAAUUGCAGACUAAUCCGUAUAGUCAAAGUGAAAUUAAGCCUUUUUAAAGGAAGAACCUCUUUGCUGGAUAUUAAAUAUACAAGGUGUUGAUAAACAGACGGUCAAAUAUCUGCUUGGUAAAUCAGACUGAAAAUUUAUUUAAAAAUAUAUAUAUAUAUAUAUUGGUAACACUUUACUUGAAGCAGACACAUGUACUGUGUUAUAGAUACCUUAAUAAUGCAUUAUAAUGGAUUCAUAAGGUAUUAUAAACAUGGCUAUAACUAUUUAAACCAUGUGUAUUAUACGUUAUGGAUGCUCUAUGAAGCUCUUAUCUCUAAUGCAUUAUGAAUACCUUCAUAAUGCAUUAUAAUGGCUUAUAGUGACCUUUAUAAUGCACGAUGAAGGUAUUUAUAGUGCAUUAUAGGUGAGAGCUUCACAGAGCUUUCAUAAUGUACAAUAAACAUGGCUAUAAUGUUUUAUUUCUUUUUAAAAUAGUCAUAGCUGUGUUUAUGAAUGCAUUAUAAUGCAUUAUGAAGGUAUCCAUAAUGCAUUACGGCUGCUUUAAGUGUUACCAAUAUAUUCAAUACAAAAACAUGAUGUGAUGCAAACAUAAUUGAGCCUUUAUGCAGUAUAUCCUCUGACAAGCUAUGAAAGCCUGAAGUGGCUCCUUUGUUCUGUCAUUGUCAGAAAUGACUAGCACUGAUUAAUAAUUUCACUUCUGCAUUCAUUUCAAUUAUUUCGACGGGUCCUUCUGGAACAUUGGCUUAAGACAUCAUUUGGAUGUAACGGGACAGAACGUAUUUGUGAGAGAUAAAUAAGUAUAGGUAUAGGUAAAAUUGUUUUCUCUACUAGAUUUGUGGAAUGAAGCUAUGUUGGUGCAUAUCAGUGAAUGCUGUAUUUUUGUGCAAAUAUAAUCAUGGAAACUAAUAAACAUUGAUUUAUGAGUAA